AUUAUGAUGUUGCUGAACCUGGACCUGACCACCUGCAGCAACCCCAGAUUAUAGCGCUGCCCCACAGGCACUUGUUAUGAUUGGUGCAUCACAUCAUCUGCCUCUCUUCUUAUACUGAUGCGGCCAUCACUGUGGAAAAAGGUAAAUCUGGACUCAUCAGAUCACAAGACCUUCUUACAUCGCUCUAGAGUUCAAUCUUUAUACUCAUGCAAAUUGAAACUAUUUUCUCCAGUUAGCCUUACUGACCAAUGGCUUUCUUAUGGCUACACAGCCGUUGAGUCCUAAUCUCUUGAGUCCUUUUCACAUUGCGUGUGUGGAGAUGCUCUUUCUUUCACUAUUUGACAUCACCAAGAGUUUAAUUAAUCACGGUCAUUCAGGGGUUUUUUCCAACCACAUUUCUUACUCAAACUCAAUGGCUCCCCACUUCUUUGACUUUUUAAUAAUGUGUUAGACAGUUAACUCAGUGUUAUAAUUUGUGCAAUCUCCUCGGAUGUUUUCAUGCUUCAUAACAAUAAUUUGACCCUACAGAUUAACAUCUUCUACACAACCACGGAAUGCAUCUUUCCACAUGGUUGUUUAAGAUUGCAUCAGCUGGGGAUAAAUAACUUAUCUGCUGGGGGACUCAGUUGCACUAAAGAGGCAUUCUUUUAGGCCAGGCCAAUUUGGACUAAUUCAGAAGUAGUUUUGAUGUUGUUCCUCUGACGCUGAAAGAUACUGUAGAUUCAACCAAGAAAGGUCAUUGGUGGUUUCUCCGCUACUUUUUGGAAAAUCAAGGCAGGCUAUGAUGUAAUUGAUCCUACAGGGGGCAGCUUAAGGCUAUAGAGCUUUGACACCUAAUCUAGUCAACUUCCUUCUUCCCAGUGUUUUUACAAACGUUUAAAGUUGAAGGUAAACUCAGCAGUUCAUUGGAGCAACUCAUUCAUGUUUUAGUUGGCCAAAGUGUGUGAUCAAGUUCUUUGUCCUAAGAGUGGCCAUAAGAAUGAAACCUUCAAAUAGCUCCCUGCGGGUCCAUGAGCAGCCUAGGAGAGAGGGAUAACAGCGGGGUAAGGCGAGUCAAAGAUCGCCAGACGCUCAUUCAUCACGGAGAGCCAUCCAUGAGGAAGUGCAGCUCACUGGAGCUGCGCUGUGCGGGAAGACAAGUCGCUCUGCUCGGUGCGGAGAUCGUGACCCAUCGAAAUGUGAUAAGAUGUCUGGGGGAUCAUGUCAGUGAUCAUGUGCCUUAUUGGCACCGAGCCGGUGGCUGCUGAGCCGUAAGGUGUGUGGAGUGGAGGGGGAAGUAAAGCUGAGGAGGAGGGGUGGACAGCCUGGCAGACAGGUGCACUCCUGUUCUCAAUCUUCUUUCAUUUUCUCUCGGUCCCGUUCAGCGACUGCAUGAGCCAUGGACAGCCGCAAGGAGAGCAACACAAGAAAACAGUCGAUGAAAUCCAAAUCGUCGAAGGAGCAGAAAUACAGAAGUGGAAAGUUCGUCAGGAGGAAAUCGCUGCGUUCUUUUGGGAAUUUCAUGGGAAGGAUCCUGAAAACUUUGGGCACUUUAGCGCACUUGGGCGACGCAGAGCCGCCGGACGCGGAGGAGGACGACGGCGGCUUCGUGCGGAGCGCCUCGGGCGGCUGCGAUUUCUCGCAGACCUCCAGGGAGGGAGCCGCGAAGAGGGGCUCCGCGGUGUCCUCCUAUCACGGCUCGGUGAAGGAGAGGCUGUCGUGGUGCUACGGCGACAAGACUCCCGGCGUGUUGGGACUGAAGAACCACGGGAACACCUGCUUCAUGAAUGCCGUGGUCCAGUGUCUCAGCAACACGGACCUGCUGGCCGAAUACCUCGGGCUGGGGCAGUACAAGUCGGAUAUUAGCAGCGGGAGGGCGAACGGUGAGAUGAGGGCGGAUGAGACGCGGAGCUCCGAGGGUGAAGUAACCGAGCAGCUGGCGUCGCUGGUUCGAGCGCUGUGGACGCUGGACUACACCCCGCAGAUGUCUGGAGAGUUCAAGAGCAUAGUGUCAAAAUACGCCUCUCAGUUUCGGGGAAACUCUCAGCAUGAUGCACUUGAGUUUCUCCUCUGGCUGCUGGACAGAGUUCAUGAAGAUGCCAAUCCAACUCCUGACAACAACAGCAGCAGCAAGACCAAAGCCAGCAGUAAGGCAACCAGUGCGUCAGAGAAUCCUUCCAGUUUACCCAGCACACAGCAGCCUCGGGGUCGCCACAGCUUUGUCCAAGAACACUUUCAGGCUCAGUACAGGUCUUCCUUGACGUGCCCUCACUGCCUUAAGCAAAGCAACACCUUUGACCCAUUUUUAUGCAUCUCUCUACCGCUUCCCCUGCGACAGACCAGGCCGCUGUGUGUGACGCUGGUGUUCAGCACAAAGGGUCAGAGGUACCUGCGAGUGGGGCUUGCUGUGCCUCUGUUUGGUUCUGUAUCGUCCCUGAGAGCCAUGGUAGCAGCAGAAGGCAACAUCGCUCCUGAUCAGGUCAUCCUGUCCGAACUUUACUCCACCGGUUUCCAGCGUUCCUUUUCAGAUGACGACGACUUGACCGCCAUCGCCGAUAGCGACGUCGUCUACGCCUUCCAGGCUCCUCCAAACAGCAGUCGUGGAGGCUCUGUUCCUCACUCAGGGUAUCACCACAGCCUCCCAUCAUCUCCAUACUCCUCCACCACAGGGCCCAAUGGUCAGAAGUUGCCUGCAUCAGGACGACUCUCCUCAGAGUACCUGAAUCAGAGCAGCUCCUCCAAGGUUCUCCUGCUCAUGUGCAAUACAACUGGGUCUGGACAGCAAGCUGCCAGAUUUGGGCCUCCUUUUCUCAUGCUUGAAGACAGGAAUAUCUCGUGGGAGCAGCUGCAGCAGAGCAUCCUCAGCCAGCAGUAUUAUCUCAUGCUGAAUGGAUCCCAGGCUCAGAAUGCUGGCGUUGAAUUUAAGGUCAGAGUGGUUAGUGGAUCCACAGCCUACAGCUACUUGUCCCCAAAGGACAGUCGACCAUUGUGCCACCCUGCAGUUGACAGAGCUUUAAAGUUUUGUGGACCAGGAGGACCUCCUCAUGUGAAGCUUGUUAUUGAGUGGGACCACAGCUCUAAAGAACGUUUGUUUGGCAGCAUCCAUGAGGAGGUGGUGAAAGACGCAGAGAGUGUCAGAAGCCAGCAGCAGCAACACCUGCAGCAGCACAAUUGCACCUUGGACGAAUGCUUCCAGCUUUAUACCAAAGAAGAACAGCUUGCUCCAGACGACGCCUGGAAGUGUCCGCACUGUAAGCAGCUGCAGCAGGGCAUGGUGAAGAUGAGCCUGUGGACGCUGCCUGACAUCCUCAUCCUCCACCUCAAGCGCUUCCGUCAGGUUGGUGAACGGAGGAACAAGCUGUCUACCCUGGUUCGGUUCCCCCUGACUGCGCUGAACAUGGCCCCUCAUGUAGCGAAGAGUAGUCAAAGUAUGAAGAAUCUGCAUUCGGGGUCUUCUUCCUCUUCCCGGAAACAGCCUUCAGGCCAAACUCAUCAUCCUGCUGACUCACUCCUCCCGCAAGAUUGCCUGUACGACCUCUAUGCUGUGUGUAACCAUCAUGGAGGAAUGCAUGGAGGACACUAUACAGCUUACUGUAGGAACUCUGUGGAUGGCCAGUGGUACAGCUACGAUGACAGCAGCGUGGAUCUGGUGCCAGAGGACGAAGUGUGUACCAAGGGAGCUUACAUCCUUUUCUACCAGAAACGCAACGUUAUUCCUCUGUGGUCGGCCAGUAGCUCUGUUCGAGGAUCCAUAAGUUCAUCAGUGUCGGACCACUGGCUAAUCAGACUAACAGGGGAGAGCAAGAGAGGCAGUUUGGUGUCUCCUUCCUCCAACAACAUCUCGUCUUUAUCAGACUCUGCAGAGCCUCCCGUGUUCCACAACAAAGACUUUGAAGAAGAAAGGGGUGGCUUUGAAAGCCGCCCGUUUGUGCGAGGGCUUCAGGGACGCAGCGUAAGUAUGAGAGUUCCCUCCAAGCCAAAAGAAAGCCUGAGCAAAAAGCUUCCUUUGCGCUGGUCCCUCGGUUCAAAAGAGAGACGAAAACCUGAGCAAAUGUCUCCUCCAACGCAAGACCCCGACCCUGCAGAGCUAGUGGAGUACUUAGAGUCUGGUCGACGACCCCGGUGCACCAAGGAUUCAAUAGUAAACCUGAUGAAUGAGUCGCGUAGCAGCAAAAAACCCUCUGUAGGUCGGGCAGCCAGUGUUCGAUCUGCAACUGUUGGCAGUAUGAGUUGUGUUGGUAAGAUGGAAGAGGAGCCACAUUACUCCCAGGUUCCAGAGGGUCAGAGAAGGCCGUUGGAACGAACGUCAGAAAAGACAUCUGGGAAGACGGCCAGUCUGAGACGGAAAAAGGAAAACGUGGCAAAAGAAGAGAGCUCAGGGAAUAUGAGCGCUAGCUCUGGUAGCAACACCCUUUCCAGGAAGAAGGAGGGCAGGAGGGAGAGCUCUGCUAAAUCUUCACAAGAUUCAGAGAGAAAACUGAGUUCCAGCACCGGAGUCCGUCAUAGUUACAGCACAUCAAGCCUUCAGGAUGGAACUCUAAGAAGGCAAAAGGGAGACAAAGCGAAUAAGGAUCACCACAGCUCUGAAGCAGACAAGUCAAAGACAAUAAAAGACGAAGUGCCCAAGAGUCAAGACAGUCUCUUCUCGUUUCUAAAAGGCAACUUCCUAAAGAAGGAUAAGAACUCUAAAAAGUCCAAGGAUGGUGAGUCAGAAAAAAAAGGUGGUGAAGAGAAAGGCAGGAGGACUUCGUCCAGGACGUCAUUACCUAACGGAGCAGCUGGAGGAAGAACUGGAGUGGAAGGAAGCAAAUCAAAUAGUUCAGGCCGUCGGAUUGAUGAACUGGCAAAUGGAAAGUUAGGACGCUCCACAGCUGACAUUAGACGCUCGCAGAGCUCCUCUAACAUUCCCACUAAAGCAGAGCAAAGCAUACGCAGGACAGCGUCCUUACAUCGUAAUGGGAUGUCCACAACGCCAGCACAACGUCUGACCACAGACAAACAGUCUUACAGCACUCUGCAGAGGAAUCGCUACAGCACACACUCGCUGGGCCGCAAGAAGACUGUCCCCGAGUCCAGCUUCUGACGCAGGGAGUCUUCUGCCGACGGAGAGCAAACAACUCACCGUCUUUUUGAUCAAAGCAAUAGAGCUUUACUUACAAUGAAGUGAUUUAGUGUUCCCGGAAAAUAAACAACUCAAGUAGUUUGCACAAUAAAGCUGAGAAACAUGAACUUGACAUGGGAAACCUGUGGCCUCCCCAUUAAGACAUAUCAGUGGGAACACAUUUUAUCAGUAAUAUAUAUAUUAUGUUUUUAUGAUUUAAAAGAAGUGCCUAAGCAACACAAAUGCAGUUAUAAUGAUUUAUUUUUCGUCUAUCAUCCUGGACUAGCAGGAACUGGACUUAUUUCCUACUAAUGCAGUAUGAAUGUUGAAAGACAUCACUCCAUUUUUAACUGGAAUGGUUUUAUCAUCAGGGCACAAUGACUGUUCAUUUAUAAGAAUGUAUUUUCUCUACUUGAUUAACAGCAGUGCUUUGAGUUUGUGUUUUCUGAUUAUUGUUAAAUAUUAUUUGAUGAAACCUUUAUGCAUCGAAUCAUUUCCAUAUGGUUAACAAUGCGGGUGUGAUUAUUCAGUGCUUUAACCUUCAGCGAUUGCCUACUGUGAAGAAAGAUUAAUAUAUGAUGUAACUAAGAUUGAUUUUUUUUUUAAAAACAUAACACUAUAUUUUUUUCAGGACUUGAGCUGCUGCUUUUUUUCUGUAACCCCUUCAUGAUGUUUUUUGUUCAUAAUUCAGUGUUUUGCUUGAACUCUAAAAUCUUUUGAUGCAUACAUUCAUCUGUGGGAGUACGGUGGUGAAGCACCUGGAAGAGACGGAGAGUUUUUUUCCCGUCUUUGCUCAAAAUGCAGAAAUGUAGCCAGACUGGUUCUUUGUUUACUGCUGAUCUUAUUUAUGGUGGUAGAAAAUUUACCUCUUUCAGCCUUAUUCCAUUAAAUAUUCCAGUGAAUAUUCCUCUCAAAUAGCUUAAAUUGUUUUUGUUUUUUUGCAUUCUGCAGCAGAAAACUGUCAGCAUCUCAACUGAGAGAAACAGAGACGAGAUUUGACACCAAAACCUAAGACGUUUAAGUUUAUUUAAUGUUUCUGUAUAAAUCAUUCCAUGCACUAUUUUCACAUGAUUUUACAUUUGCUUUUGCUGCAUCCUUGUUGUCAUACAAACUAAGUAAAUGGCUGGAAAUACUGCAACAGUUAAAAAAAAAAAACAAUAUCAAACCUGUUUUAGCCCAAGCCGAAUCUUAAAAGAAGAAAUUCGCAUUGGUACACAUCAUUUUAUAAAACUGUUUCCAUCAGUUUGUGCACCUUCCUCCUGUACUUCAUCAAAGUAGCAAAAAUCCUCAUAGAUUUGCACUGCAGCCCUUGGGCAACUGGUUCAAUCGUCAGUGUUUUUUCAUUUAAAGGAAGAAGAAAUCUGUUUAAAUCUCUGUUUUGAAUACUAAUAACAGUGUUUUGCAUUUAGUGUAAGCUCAAGGGUGCUGCUGUCAACUCAGACAAGUUUGAUGUUUGAUGCCCGACAACUUUUUCCUGUAUUUACCUGGAAAAUGUUCUAACAUAUUUUAAAUAGCUGAAGAUAUGUAAUCAGUUGUGUAACCCAAAUAUUUCUUUUUAGACACUAGUUACCCUACUCAAGAUAUUAAUUUUACAUUUAUUUUAAUACAUUAAAACUCCAAAGAGCAGCCAAAGCGUGGCUAAGGGUGUAGCUGAUUUUUUUUAUUUUGGAAAGCUAACCGUUUUAUCUCAGUCUAAUAUUCUUUAGGCUUAGUUAGAGCAGAGACGGAACAAAGCUAAACAUAAAAAGCACUUUGAACUCCAGAGUGGGCAUCUGCCAAGGAGCCAAAUUGUCGAAUCAAGAGGGAUUUUCAAAAGAUGUUUUUAUUUAUUUUUUUUAUUUAAUGAGAAGUCUUUAUGUUUUAGAAUAAGAGAAACAAACACAGGACAAAUGCUCAAAGCCUUUGUUGACAUUAUUGUUAAUAUUAUCAAACUGAAGGCCUGGGGGCCAAAUCCGGUCCGCCACAGCUUUUUAUUUGGCCCUCUGAACAUAAAAGACCACAUAAAUAUAUUUCAAGAUAUAGCUUUGUGCUUAAACAUUUUAUUAAUCAAAUCAAGACAUUUUUUAUCUGUAUACUCAAAUAUACAGAUUUUUAUUCAUAUUUUAACAGUUGGUUAGCGGGUGGUUUGUCGAUGUGUUCUGCUAUGACCGGCCCCUUAAGGACAUUCAUGAUCUUGAUAUGGCCCAAAAUGAAAAUCAGUUUUUCCCUCCUGCUCUACAUAUUCACUUCACAUGUGUACAAAACAAGUGUUAUUUAAAAAAUACUUUGUAAAACGGCAAACAAAAUUAAGCUAUUUAUUUCUGUUUGGAAAGAAAACUCUAACAUUUUUUAGUUUGAUUUAUUUCGACCAUGCAAUAAAAGAAGAAAAUAGAACAAAACUGAUCAAUACUGAACAAAACUUUUUCUUCACCCUAAUUACUUCCAUCUUUGUCUAUUAGAUUGCCGCCAGAAAUCCUGUAAUACUUGUGAUUAGAAAACAGAAUCAGCAUUUUAAAUAUCUGGAGCAUUGCCAAAUAGUGUUGUGGCUAAAUAUUCUCUCAAGACAUUUAGAGCUCAUGUUUUUUUGUGUGUGUUUUUUUUACUGUUUACCCUUUCCUCUCAGUCAUGAACAUUUAUAACGUACAUUUGAAGUUUAAUUGAAACAGAAACAAUAAAAACACACAACAUAAAAAUGGCACUGAUUUUAUUUCUAGCACAAAAAGCCAAAAUGUGCAUUUGCAAAGUGGACCUUAAUGUCUUUGUUAAAAAAAAUAUAUAUAUAUAUAUAUAUAUACACAGUAGGAACUUUUUCAAAUGUUCCACUCUGAAAAGCAUUUUGAAAAAUCUUGUGAGAAAGUGUUUUGUGAAUCCUGCAUAACGAAGGAUUAGUUUCUCACUCUGACUGGAAUUUAUCUCAAGAGAAAGACGAGUUUUUCUUGUGUCGUCUAAUUUCUACUUUCCUGAUAUCAACCUGCUUGGUUGGAAAGUAGGGCAUGAAGAUUGUGUUUAUAAGGAGUACAGAAUAUUUAAAGUCAGCUAACACAACAAAGGAAAACAAAGAACUAAGUGAAUGUUAUAGUGACUUGUAGCUGCACUGCAUCAGUGUCAAACUCCAUCUCAGUCUGCUGCUGUAGACGUGUCUGCAGUUCUAACGUUUUCUACCUGGAAGCUCCUCACCUGAUAACUUAAUGCCAGAUAGCAGUUUUUAUUUCAAACAGGAAAUAUGUUUGUCAUCUUUUUUUUUUUUACACAAAGAACACCAAACACCAGCCUCAGUAAAAUAUUAAGUAUUUAUGACCAUGAUGUAGUUUGUAUGGAGCACAACAUUCACCUUGUACAUUGCUGAGAAAAUUUUUCCACCUUACAGAUUUCUUUCAUGUUUUCUUUUUUUGUCACCUUUACAAGUUUCAAAUCAUCAGAAACAUUUUAUUAUCAGACAGUGACAAUCUAACUAAAUGCAAGUAGUAGUAGUAGUAGUAGUUUUCAAAUAUUGUUUUAUUUAAUUACUAAAGUUAUCCAAACCAACUUGGUUCUGUAUAAAAAAGGGAUUGUCCCCCUUGUUAUAACUUGAAUUAAAUUUGAUUGGAAUCACUUAAACGCACUGAUCUGACAACAUGAAGUAGGCUGAAAUAUCUCCAAAAUCAAUAUAUAAUGCUUCAAUCUACAGAAUUUAUUAAAUAAUAAGGAACUGAUCUACAGCAUCUGAUUUACACCUGGAGUUUGAGGCACAGUGAGAGUUUUUAUCCACAAAUAAACUAAAUCUGUCCAAGAACGCAUUGAAAAGUCCCACUCAUCAUUUGAAUAGUUUCAGAGGUAAAACAACAAACUUCUGACAAAAAACACAAAAGACUAGUCACACAUUUGCCAAAUUACAACGUAAUAACUCACUUUAAUUGAUGGAUUUAUAAAUUCUGCUAUCUACCAGAAAACACAGCAGAGAAUUACAGGGUGAGAGUUAUUAGGUGUAUUAUGCAAUUAUUUUAUUACACUGGGCCCACUUGGUUUUUAUGGUGUAUUUUUCCCUUAAAGGCUGUAUUUUGAAUUUACUUAGAUUACUUUUGUGUGAUUUUAAGAUUUUUUUUCAAUGUUUUGAAAAACCUUAACUGUGACCAAAAAAGUAAAGAGAAGAAAUCUGAAGAUGGGAUAUUUUUUCAUGCCACUUUUUGUGUGAUUAUGAUUAAUAUCCAGGUACAAUUGUAGCUGCUGCAGUCGAUGAGACUGCAAAUAUCUUUGCACGGGCAUUCAUUUUUAGUUUUCAUUUUUAAAAAUAAUUAUUUGAAUUUGCUUGACUUGAACUUUUAGAAUGAGAGGUGUCUUUUGAUAUCUUAAAAGUUUGUUUUCAAUAUUUAAAAAAAAACCCGUCAUUAAAUACAUGAAGUUGUUUCAUGUGAAGUACUUCAAAUUCUUGUUUAUUAAGUGGUGGUUUGGUGUAAACAAAUUUCCUUUGCAGUUUGUAUUAAAUAGUUUGUAGAAUCUGAUUCCUAACUCUGAACUUUGAAAAUAAGAUUAUUGCAAUAGUUAUAACUUUGUCUAAAUAAAUCAGUAUGUAAUAUUACGCAUAGUGUGAUGAUUGUUGAAAUAUGUUGACAAAUGAACAAAUAUCUGAACUCUAAAAUGGUGACUUUUUAGAUUCUUUACUGGUAUGAUUGUUUCUUAAUCUGCAGAACAUAAGGGCUCUUAAAAUCUGAUAAUUUUGUCUUUUAUAUAUAUAUAUAUUUUUGUCAUUUUAUUGUGAUACUGUUGUGGUGAUUAAUCAUCAAUUUGGUCAGUUAGGCAGUGGUACCAUUGUGUUUAUUUUUUAAAGGUUGUGAAAAGGAUUUAUUUUUGUAAAAUUUUGUACAUCUUUGAUAAACGGAUUUAUGAAAGUACUACUGCAACGAUGUAAACGUUACUGAAAAUACACGAUUAAACCAGA